AUGAACGCACAAGCAAUUAAGGAAAUCAAGGCAAGGAAUGAAGAAGCAAGUGCUAAAGAGACAAAGGUGAACAAAGUAGAUAACCGUUCGUCGGCGGGACAAGGCCAAGAGCAAAGAAAUGUGCAGGUGAUUCACCAGUCACAUCCCUCGCCGAUUCCAAAUACAAGCGGGGGAGUCCUGACCGGUGCUGCAGCAGCUGUGGCAUCCACCCUAAAGUCCGCCAAGGAGGCCAUCUCAAAAAAUGAUUAG